AUGUCGACACCAAAGCCAACGACAAUACCUCAAACCGCCGACGAGUUCCUCGUCGAUGGCUCGGAAGACUUUCACGAGCGCAUGGCGGCGCAGCUCGAAGCCGCGAUGGCCAAGCCGCUGCCGCAGAUGGAAAUCCGGUUCCAAGACCUCUCGGUCGCCGCCGACGUGCAAGUGGCGACCAAAGACGGCCACGAGCUCCCGACCUUGUACAACCAAGGCAAGAAGGCCAUCAUGCGUCUCUUCCACACCAAGCGCGUGAUCCGCAAGGACGUGUUGCAUCCGAUGACCGGCGUCUUCAAGCCGCGGACGAUGACGCUCGUGCUCGGUCAACCCAACUCGGGCAAGUCGUCGCUCAUGAAGAUCCUCUCGGGUCGCUUCCCGAUGCACAAGAACAUUUUGGUCGGCGGCAACGUCACGUACAAUGGCGUGCCGAGCGCUGACCUUCAGCACACGCUGCCGCAGUUUGCGUCGUACGUGAGCCAGCUCGACUUCCACUACGCCGUCUUGACGGUCAAAGAGACCUUGGCCUUUGCCCAUGCGUGCAGCGGCGGCAACGUCGUGUCGCAGCGCGUCUUGGACUCGCUCCAGAACGGGUCGCCCGAUCAAGUCGCCGAGGCCACCGCCGUCAUUCACGCACUCUACCGCGCGACACGAUUCUUGGCAACGCCAUGCUCCGCGGUGUCUCGGGCGGCGAGCGUAAGCGCGUGA